UACCGCCGAUAUUGUCGUGCUUGCCGGUGCUCGUGCACUGGCGGUUUGUGAGCCCGUCACAGCUGAGCUUCCCGGGCGCGGGCAUUCACUGUAGCCCGAGCAGGCAAUACUUAGUCUCGGAUGUGGGUUGCCCGCGCCCGGGGAGGUCCAGGAGGGGCCAAUAAUGCCAACAAGCUUGGGACGCAAGGCCGCGCCAAAGCCGGACUGCGAGCGGUACCAGGUGGAGGCGGCAUUCGAAGCGCGUGUGUUCGUGCAGCGCCGGCUCUUGCAUUCGCGGCCAGACAAUCUGCACAACGUGCAGUCGGCUCCGCAAGAUCCACCAAACUUUCAACAACGCGCGCAUCAAGCCGAGGUACCACCUACUCGAGAUCGAGACGGGCUGGGGCGCGAUGUCGAUCGCGCGAAGCUCGGCGCAAACGUCGACACGGUUCCGCUCUCCAUCCAGCAGAAGGCGACGACAGAGAAACGCACGGCGGAGGCUGGCGUCGCGGACCGCGUGCAUGUGCGCCUCCUGGACUACCGCCAGCUGCCGGAGGACUUCAAGGGCAGGUUUGAUUCGCCCGUAGGCUGCGAGAUGGUCGUGGCCGUGGGGCUACGCGACCUCAAGCUCGGGGGCUGAUUGCGUAUGUAUAUAAGAGAGCGAGGAGUGCCCAUUCAACAGUGAGGACACGGCUGCGUGUGAUUGCGGACAGCCCGGCCGAGCCAUCCCUGUCCCCAUCCUCACGGUGACACACCUGUCCUUGUAGCACGUUGGUAUUAAGAACUACGUCCGAGUCAGUUGCACUAUUGCGCACGCCGCAAACAUCGCCAGAGGGCUGGGAUGUAUCCUGUAUUCAAUAGAAUACUAUAUUGGACUGCGAUUCAUAAAUAUAUACAUGCCAGCCCACGUUCAUAGGUCA